GAUGUUUACGGAAAUUUACAGCUGAGCAGAAUGUUGUCAUGGCAACAAACUUAAGGUUUGAUGGCGACUCGUACAGUGGAGGAAGGCACACCACGACAUUACCCUUGGUAUAAAGAGCGACUUCAGUGGAAAUAUUUAGCUAACCAACAAAGGCAGCUAAACACUCUCACUUCUCACAGAUGGCGUUUCUUAUCUUCAAGCUGCAGUAACGAUGCUAAGUUCCAAAAGAAGAAACCACCACUGAAACUUCCAUUGAUUGACCCAGAUGUUUCAUCACUCACCUGUAUCAAAACACCCUAUGAUCCUGAUGCUGUCAGAUUAGUUAAAGAUCCUUCCCAAUAUAGCAAGACAAAUCCUGGGCAGAAAGCAAGACGGGACAGAAUAGAAAACAUUGAAAAAGAUUUGAUUGAAGAGUAUAACAGGCAAAGAAUGUCAAGUGAUGAAGAUGAUGUUUUUCCAUUACCAAUUGAUCCAUUUGUCAGAGUGACUGAUACUGAUACUGUCUCGCUCUCAUCAGAUGAUAAGAUUGAUAAUGAUUCAGACGGUGACUCUCAACAGCAAAAUUCCCUACCUCAGGACAAGAUAUACAGAUGGCCUUUAUUGAAGAGCAAAGAAGAAAAGGCAGAGGAAGAGCUAGAAUUAGCUAGGAAACGUGCUGUUUCUCCAACCCAAGAAGCACAAGUUAAUAGUGUCACUCAUGAACUAAUAGAAUGGUCAAAGAAUUUGGGUGAUGAAAAGGAGUAUAUUGAUGAAGCAACCAUCAAAAGACUAUUUGCCAGUGACUACGAAGCUAAACCUGUCCUAACAGCUCCUAUACAUGUUAUUGAGUUAAAGAAUAUUCCUCACGAGCUUAGAACAGACUCUCGAGGUCACACUGGUUCAUCAUACAGAGCACUAUCAGCCGUUGAAAGGCUAAAAUUAAUAGAAUCCUCCCCUCUAUCAAAAAGUGUUCGUUAUAAGUAUGGAGCAUGGUACCUGAGUCCUUCACUGUGGAAACUACGUCCAUGGAGUGAACCAUUAGAAGAUCCUAAAGUUGUCAAGAAGAGGGAAGAGAUGGAAACCAGAAUGAAGAAUGAAUCACUUGAUGCAGUUUUAUCUGAGACACAUGGGGCAUUAGCAUUCAGAAACUUUAUCACAAAUAAAUAUAAAGAAGUCCAUCCAGAGUUCAAAGGGUUACAUGUACCAGCACAUAAAAGGAACUGAUGACAUGAUAACCAGCACAUUCUCUCCCAUUGUUUUGAAAUUUUUAUCACAAAAUGACUGAAUUGUAAUAAUUAUUUUGCCAAAGGACAUAUAAUAA